AUGACUACUACUGAAGCCAUUGUAACUGUGAAACAUGCUGGUGUUUUUACUCCUCCUUCCUUACUCAAUGUUAAUCUUCAACCCCCCCUCCUUUGCUUACGACCUCCCCCUUGGUACAGACUCCCCCCUCCGUUGAGGUGUACUUUUUUCCUCUCCUCCUUCCCCCAUAUUAUUCUUUACAUACCCAGCCUUUCCCCCCCCCCCUCUCUCUCUCACGUUAAACGGAGGAGAGAGGCAGAAGUCUAUCUAAAUCUAUUUGCUUGUCUAUUUAUCUAUCUAUCUAUCUAUCUAUCUAUGUAUAUCUAUGUCUCUAUUCAUUAUCUAUCUAUCUAUCUAUCUAUCUAUCUAUGUCUCUAUUCAUUAUCUAUCUAUCUAUCUAUCUAUCUAUGUCUCUAUUCAUUAUCUAUCUAUCUAUGUCUCUAUUCAUUAUCUAUCUAUCUAUGUCUCUAUUCAUUAUCUAUCUAUCUAUCUAUCUAUGUCUCUAUUCAUUAUCUAUCUAUCUAUCUAUCUAUGUCUCUAUUCAUUAUCUAUCUAUCUAUCUAUCUAUGUCUCUAUUCAUUAUCUAUCUAUCUAUCUAUCUAUCUAUGUCUCUAUUCAUUAUCUAUCUAUCUAUCUAUCUAUCUAUGUCUCUAUUCAUUAUCUAUCUAUCUAUCUAUCUAUCUAUGUCUCUAUUCAUUAUCUAUCUAUCUGUCUCUAUUCAUUAUCUAUCUAUCUAUCUAUCUAUCUAUCUAUGUCUCUAUUCAUUAUCUAUCUAUCUAUGUCUCUAUUCAUUAUCUAUCUAUCUAUGUCUCUAUUCAUUAUCUAUCUAUUCAUUAUCUAUGUCACUAUUCAUUAUCUUUAAUAUUCCAAAAACGUUAUUUUUAG